UUCUCUAUAUCCCCACCGUAUGUCCCCUGCGCUUCAUCGCAGGAGGUCUCUCUCUCCCCUCUGAAUUCAGAUCUCUUCACCCCCGUUCUCUCUCUGCUUCAGCGAUCGCUGCUUCCCUCCCAAUUUUCAGUUUUCUCCUCCCCUGAAUCGCUGUUCUUCAUCGAUUUCACUCAGAUAAUUGUGUUAAUCGCAUCGCCAUGAACGAUUUCGAGGGUCUUCUAGCUAACAAUUAUGGAUUAAAGCCCCAAGGUAAAGCCGCCCCCAUGGCUGCAUCCAAGGGCAGUUCCAAUCUCAACCCCACCAGCUCCCCAAACUUCGAUCUUGGAUCUCGGAGUUCCUUCCGAUCGACUAAGCCCUCCAAUUCCUAUACUGGGUCUCUCGCCGAUGACCACGAUUCGCUUAAUCGAUCCACGAGUGCUCAUGACAACCGCGAAUUUGGUGGUUUCGAUGAUCUCCUCGGUGGGUCGGCUAGAUUCUCCAGAAAAUCGGGGGAGACUCGUGGAGGCGAUUCAGAUGUCAAUUUUGACUCUCUGUUUCAAGGGUCUGGUAAUUCGGGUCAACCGGCCUCGAGCUUGCCGGUUUACGAUAAACCUGUGUAUGAUGAUGAUAUCUUUGAUGGCAUUCCGGGUUUGAAAAGCUCGUCUAAAGUUCAGUAUGACGAUGUGUUUUCAUCGAUGUCUUCGCCGCCAAAAGCAGAUUCAGCAUUCGAUGAUCUUCUUGGGAGCUUCAGUAAAUCGGAUGCCACGAAGAGUACGGGUGGGAGAGGAACGCAGAGUAAAGAUAAAGACAUUUCUGCUUUUGAUGAUUUGAUACCUGGGUUUAGAGGCAGAAGCCCCCCUGGUGACAGGUCAACCUCAGGAGCCAGCUGGUCAUCAGAGCCAACUUCAGUUAAGUCAUCCUCCACGCCAAUGGAAAACCCAUUUGGGGUGUCAAGGCAGCACACCGACCCACGUGAAGAAGUUAGCGACAUUGGUAAUUCAAAAAGCCCAAAAUUUGAUGGUUACCCUUCCGAUGCAAAUAAUAGAGCUUUUGAUGAUAUGGACCCAUUUGCUAGCCUUGGCAAAUCCAUCCCUGCAUUUUCAUCAGAAGGGAAUAACAGAGGCAAGGCUAGAAGUCCUCCUAGGGUAGACGGAAGUGCUGCUCGGUCUCAGAAUUCUAACAGUAAAGAAACUAUUGAGAAAUCAUCAGGAAGAAUUUCUGGACAGCCUUUGAAGAAGGAUGUGUCUGGUAAGAAUGAUAGACAAUUUGAUCAGCCCGUGUUUGACAUGCCUACAGUUUCAUCUAAUUCUAAUAAAUUUGUUCCUCAAUCAACAUCUCCUCCUACUUCGAAUGAUGCAAAUGUGAUGGGGGAUACUCCUAGAUUUGAAGAUGAUCUUGAAUCUGAUGAAGUAUGGCUCACUGUAUCAGAGAUUCCUCUUUUUACACAACCCACUGUUGCUCCACCCCCUUCAAGACCGCCACCUCCUAUACCACAGCAGGUUCCAAAGGAAGGAAUGGGUCCAUAUGGCUCUCGAAGUUCAAAGAUGAAUGCCAAUGACUUCUCUUCAUUUCCCAAUUCUACACAUCAUUCUCAGGUUCCUAAAUCUGCCUCUGCUCCAAUGAGAGAUCAAGUAGUAUCUUCAGUGGAUGAACUCGAGGAAUUUGCCAUGGGAAGGAACCAAAGUAAUAAUGCCGAUGAACAAGUAAACGGUCAUUCUAACGAAGAAUUGGAGAUGAACUCUGCUGCGGCAGCCAUGAAAGAGGCAAUGGAUAGAGCUGAGGCGAAGUUUAAGCAUGCCAAGGAAGUGAGGGAGAGGGAGAGUACAAAAACUUCUAGAAGUAAAGAAGCUGUAUAUUGGGAUAGAGAUGAGAAAGCCAUGCGAAAUGAGAGAGUUGAAGAUGAGGAGAGCAUGGAUCGUGAACGGUUCCAAAGGGAAAGGGAAGAGAAGGAGAGGGAGAAGGAAAAAAGGAGAGUCGAGAAAGAGAGGGAAAGAGCAAGGGAGCUUGAGAAGGAAAGAGAGGAGAAAGAGAAAGAACAAAGGAGAUUAGAGAAGGAAAGGGAGAGAGCCAGGGAGAUCGAGAUGGAAAGGAUAAAAGUCAGACAGGCUGUUGAAAGGGCCACGAGGGAAGCACGUGAGAGGGCAGCAAAUGAAGCUCGCUUAAAGGCUGAAAGGGUCGCUGUUGAAAAGGUAAAUGCAGAGGCUCGAGAACGUGCUGAAAGGGCUGCAGUUCAGAGAGCUCAAGCUGAAGCCCGUGAAAGGGCUGCAGUAGAGGCCCGGGAAAGAGCGGAAAGGGCUGCAGCAGAGGCACGAGAAAAAGCGGAAAAGGCAGCUGCAGAAGCAAAAGAGAGAGAAGCACGAGAGAGAGCUUCUGCUGCAAGGGCAGAAGCUGAAGCCCGAAGUAGGGCAGAACGAGCUGCCGUUGAAAGAGCUGCUGCAGAGGCUCGAGAAAGGGCUGCUGCAGAGGCUCGAGAGAGGGCUGCUGCUGCAGCCAGGGCAAACCUACAGAAGAACGAAAAUGACCUUGAAUCAUUUUUCAGCAUGGGUAGAGCCAGUAGUGCACCUAGGCCUAGGGCCAACCCUAUGGAGAACUUCUUUGAUGCCCAAUCACCCAAGAGACCAGAGCCUGAGACAACCAGGCCAUCUUCUGCAACUUCGUCAAGUAUGAGGAAAGCAUCUUCAACCACUAAUAUUGUUGAUGAUCUUUCAUCUAUUUUUGGAGGUCCUCCAUCUUCUGGAGAAUUUCAGGAAGUUGAUGGGGAAACUGAGGAAAGACGACGAGCCAGGUUGGAACGCCACCAGAGGGUCCAAACACGAGCGGCUAAAGCUCUGGCUGAGAAAAAUGAGCGAGAUCUUCAAAUGCAGAGGGAACAAGCUGAGAGACAUCGAAUUGCUGAAACACUGGAUGUUGAGAUCAAGCGUUGGGCUGCAGGAAAGGAGGGCAAUUUACGUGCUCUUUUAUCAACAUUACAAUAUGUGCUCUGGCCCGAAUGUGGAUGGCAGCCAGUUUCUUUGACUGAGAUGGUUGUUCCAAAUGCAGUCAAGAAAAUAUAUAGAAAAGCAACACUGUGCAUUCACCCUGAUAAGGUGCAGCAAAAAGGUGCCACUCUUCAGCAAAAGUAUGUUGCUGAGAAGGUGUUUGACAUUCUAAAGGAAGCUUGGAACAAGUUUAAUUCAGAGGAACUUUUCUAAAUUCACUUGAUGAUUUUUUUCUGAGAGGGAAGGGGAGAAUGAAUAUCUAGUUCAGUUCAGAGGAAAGCUUUGCAUCACGGUGGAGCUCUUCUGAUUUCAUCUUGGCAUAUGCAACCGAUAAGCCGUGGCUUCCCGAGUUUGGACGACAAGAUGAAUUCGGAAUGGUAAUAUGAUCUAAUUGUUUCUUAUUCUUUUUUCUUUGCUGAUCCUUUUUGUUUUUGUUUAUCCUGUAAAAUUGAUGAUGUUCCUCCCCGUUGGUGUUUUGCUCCAAGUCCCCAAGUGAUGGGGAAGAGUUAGAUAUAAGCAGAAAUAUGAUGAAGCUGUGUGCUUUUUUUUCUUUAUCUAUAUUCGUUUCUUCACCAAUUCUUGCUUGUGAUAUGUACAAUUUGGGUGAAUAUGUAGAAGAAGUUGUAUUCAUAACCACACAUUAAGUUCUUUGCCAUUUAUAUAAGAUGAGAAAUUUCAAUGCAA